ACCACAUAACUUCCCAAACCUAACUUUUCAAAUCAAAAAAAGAAAAAAAAAAAAACACUUUUAAUUCCAAUGGAAGCUCCGGCGACUUAUUACGGCAUCGGAAACCACCGCUACUUUUCUGGCGAAACCGUCACUCCAACCGCCACAAACCUAACUUUCGAAUUCAACGAAUUCGAUAUCUGGAACGCCGUCGCAGCAUCCUCACCGGAAUUUCACAAAAACGCUCGUAUCUCAAAAAAACCGUCACCGUCUCCGUCUCCGGCGAAUAGAGAGAAUCAUAGAAUGGCGUCGUCGUCGUUGCCGGUAGAUGUACCGGACUGGUCAAUGAUACUGAAGAACGAGUUGCCGGAACACCGUAGGAUCAAUAUCGCCGGCGACGAUGAAUUUGAUGAAGAUGACGAGUUUUCCGAUGAUCGAAUUCCGCCGCAUGAGUAUUUGGCGAAAUUGAGAAUAGCGUCGUUGUCCGUACAUGAAGGAAUUGGAAGGACAUUGAAAGGUAGAGAUCUGAGUAGAGUUCGUAACGCUGUUUGGAAGCAAAUCGGAUUUGAAGAUUGAAGAAUUUUUACUGAAAAAUCAAUUAAGGAUUUCUGGAAGAUAUUUUGAUUAAUUUUUAACCUUUCUUUUACAGUUUUUGGCAUAUAGUAAAAACUAAAAAGUGAAUUUCUAGUAACUGCUUAGAUGAGAUGAAAUGAGAUAUAUACGUAUACGGAUUGUAUGUAACGGCGGAUUCAAUUUUGGCAAAUUUUGAAAACUGAAAUGAAUUGAGGAAUUUGUUUGUUUUUGUUUA